UUCUACACCCUGAUGUUUACGUACGUGUGAUUUGUGUUGUGGUGAAAAAUGGCGACUUUUAAGACAGUCAGCCGCAAUUUGCCAUUCGUGAAGCAGCAGCUCGGGGCGCUCACGUCCAACACUAGCAUAUUUUUCAAGUUAAUUAGUUCCUUAACCGUGUGCUGUUAUUUUCUUUCCUACUCGGACUACUUGGUGCAAAUUCUGAGCGUUACGCCAGGCUACUUCUUGCCACCCACUUUCCGAAUAUACUCGGCUUUUACAUUUUGUUUUCUUGAGUUGCACCUCUGGGAGUUGCUUAUCGACGUCCUAACACUCGUUCUGUGUGGGAAACUUAUUGAACCAUUAUGGGGUCUGGUCGAGAUGCUGAUUUUCUUCGGCGUCGUCAACCUCAGCGUUGCUGUCCUUUCAGCGUUUUUCUACCUUUUCCUCUACAUGUGCACGUCCAACACAGAGCUGCUCUUUGAAGUUCACAUCCAUGGUCUGGCCGGCUACAUCGCGGCACUUUCGGUGGCCGUGAAACAAAUAAUGCCAGAGCACCUCGUUUUCCGGUCUCCAAUCGGCAAAAUCACCAACAGGAACAUUCCCCUCAGCGUCCUGGGAUUGUCUCUCAUUCUGUACUUGAUUGGUCUCAUUGAGGGCACCUACCCUACAAUGUACGCAUGCGGUUUCCUCGUCAGCUGGACGUACCUCAGAUUUUACCAGCGGCACUCGAACGGCACUCGUGGAGACAUGGCAGAGAGCUUUUGCUUUGCAAACUUUUUUCCAAAUGUGGUGCAGCCUCCAAUAGCUGUAAUUGGCAACACAAUCCACGGUUUGCUUGUGAGUGCAGGACUGUGCCAAAAGCCUGUGCGCAAAUACGACUUGGGAGCAUCUACUGCUAUCACAAUCAGUUUGCCAGGAAGUGAGCCACAGGAUCAAGACAGGAGAAGAGAAAAGGCAUUAAAGGCCCUGAGUGAGCGACUAAGCAAAUUUGACCCAAGCGCCACAUCCAGCGUUGCACCAGCACCAGCCUGGCAAUCCAAGACAGCCUGGGUGGGAUCUUCGAGUUCCAGCAAACCCAACGUCAAGUCAGUUACGAUUGCUGUUCCUGAAGUGACCCCUUCCUCCGAGGUUAAUGGUCCAGGGGCGGCAGCCGCGGCAGUGAUGGAGGCAGUUGGCUUGUUAGACAGUUCAUCCGAUAAGGAGCCGUUGAUCACGUCCUCCUCGUCAGAUUGAACAAAGACUAAGAUUGUAGCUCAUAAGCAAAUUGUCUGUGAAGGUUUGCACCGGCCAUUAGACUGUCUGAGAGAAAGAGGCCGAGCGAGUUUGUGCUAGUUGAGUGGCGACAAUUGAAACGUGUUGAUUUUUAAUGACUCCUAAGAGAUGAUGAAAUAGUUUUAGGAUAUUAAUAUUUGUCGUGCUUGAAGAAUCUGGAUGUUUGUGAUAAGGUUUCUUGUUAUCCAGUCUCAGAAUCUAAGUGGUUAAGAUAUAUGUAUAUAAAAUUUGCAGCCUGCAGGUUAAUCAAUGUUGAAUGUUAUUUUUUACAACAAGUUUUAAAUUCACUGAUUUAACCUUAUUAUUGAGAGUUGCAAGAAAAGGUUAAGAGAUUUGUGUACCACUGCACUGGGGUGGUUGCAUUAGAAUUAAAUAAUAUUGCAUUCAACUUAAUUCACAAUAAUGAGACGAUUUUUACCUUCUGUCGAAUCCAAAGAACAUUAAUAAAGGAAUUUUUAAAAAGCAGA